AUGAACAGCACCGUGACAUCUCCCUACGGCAGCACGACCAUCACCACAAACAGCUCCUCAUCCUCCAAUUCGACCACGAGAAGCAACACCAACAGCCUCGUCAUACAUGGACUGCCGCCCGUGUCGCCCUCUCUUCAGCUUCCCUUCAAGCUCAGAGAUGUCGACCUGCUCCGCCGUGAUUGUCACAUCCACGGCGAAUGGGCUACCUCCCAGAGCAACAAGCGUUUUGCCGUCCUCGACCCGGGGACUGGUCGCGUGUGGGCGACAUGCCCGGACAGCAACAGAGACGACAUUCAUUCCGUCAUCAAGUCCUCGUUCUCCACCUUCCAGUCCUUUUCGAGAACUACUCCGGCCCGGGAGCGCGCUCAUCUGCUGACUUCCUGGCAUCACCUCAUUCUUGCGAGCCGUCUGGACCUGGCCACCAUCCUCGUUCACGAAACCGGAAAGCCGUUGAACGAAGCCCUCGCUGAAAUUGACUACGGCGCCGGUCUGGUCCGUUGGUUCGCCAGCGAAGCCGAGCGUCUCGACCCGGCUCCCUCGUUGCCAUCGCCGGCCCCAUCACCAACCACGUCUCCCGCAUCUUCUCCCACAUCCGAGGACGGCGCCGCGCCAGCUCUCCCAACAUCAGGCGCGGGUGCUUUUGUAAGGAAACGGGGUACAGUCCUCAAGCAACCGAUCGGUGUUGUUCUCGCCCUGGUCCCAUGGAGCUUCCCCGUUGCACUUACUCUCCGGAAAUCGGCAGCGGCGUUGGCCGCCGGCUGCACAGUCAUCGUUAAGCCGUCCUCGGAAACCCCUCUUUCGGCUCUCGCUCUUGCCUGCCUGGCCGACCGCGCGGGCUUUCCGGCCGGUGUGCUCAACGUCGUGACGACAAGCCUGGGAAACACGCCGGUUGUGUCUGAGGCGCUGUGCAUGCACCCCCUCGUCAAGGCUAUCAGCUUCACGGGAAGCGCCCGAAUAGGGAAACAGGUCGCAGCGUCUUGCACCCGAAAUCUGAAACGCCUGUCGUUGGAUCUAGGUGGGAAUUGCCCAUUCAUCGUAUUCGACGACGCGAAUCUCGAGCAGACGGCCAAGGACCUUGCGGCGCUCAAAUGGCGGCAUGCGGGACAGGUCUGCGUGGCGCCGAACCGGUGUUACGUGCAGCGGCGAGUAUACGAAACAUUUUCCGACUUACUGAUAGCCGAGGCCGCGAAGCUGAAGGUCGGGCACGGGAUGGCAAGGGGGACAACCCUCGGGCCGUUGACGACUCUCCGGGGGCUGUACAAGGCGGAGGCGCUGUGUAAAGACGCCAUGGAUAAAGGAGCUAUUAAACUGCUCGGCACGGGAAGACGGGAACCUGGGGACGGGUAUUUUAUGGCGCCGACUAUAUUGGGCAGCAUGACGGAUGGGAUGCUGAUGUGUCGGGAAGAGGUGUUCGCGCCGAUCCUAGGCUUAUAUAUAUUUGAUACCGAGGACGAAGUUGUAAGCCGGGCGAACGACACUCCAGUUGGGCUGGCUGGUUACGUCUUCACGAAGAACCCCGAAAGACUCUGGAGGAUGUUUGAGCGACUGGAAGCUUCGGUGCUUGGCAUGAAUACGGUUAGCCUGGUGACGGAUACACCGAUCCCGGCUGGGGGCAACGGCAAUGGAUAUACGCCAGCGCAAUCCAUGGCCCUAGACGAGUUUUUGAGCACAAAAGCAGCCGCAAUGCCACCAUCGUAA